GGCCGCUGUCCAGGAGCCCCGCUCUCCCCUGCAGGGUUAAUUACUUCAAUUUUAAAGAACUUUAAUAUUCCUGGGGACUUUUCUCAAAGGAUCAUUUUUACUUCUACUCAAGAGAAAGCUCUGAAUCUAUCAAGUAGUUCUUAAAGUCUUUUGUGUGGGUUACGUAUAUAGAUGUUUUCAUGAAGAGGAGUGAAAAGCCAGAAGGAUAUAGACAAAUGAGGCCUAAGACCUUUCCUGCCAGUAAUUACACUGGCAGCAGCAGACAAAUGUUGCAAGAAAUUCGGGAAUCCCUUAGGAAUUUAUCCAAACCAUCUGAUGCUGCUAAGGCUGAGCAUAACAUGAAUAAAGUGUCAACUGAAGAUCCUCGACAAGUGAGAAAUACACCCAAAUUUGGGACAUAUCAUAAAGCCUUGCAAGAAAUUCGAAACUCUCUACUACCAUUUGCAAAUGAAACAAGUUCUUCCUCUCGGAGUACUUCAGAAAUUAAUCCACAAAUGUUUCAAGAUUUGCAGGCUGCUGGAUUUGAUGAGGAUAUGGUUAUACAAGCUCUUCAGAAAACUAAUAACAGAAGUAUAGAAGCAGCGAUUGAAUUCAUUAGUAAAAUGAGUUACCAAGAUCCUCGGCGGGAGCAGAUGGCUGCAGCAGCUGCUAGACCUAUUAAUGCCAACAUGAAACCAGGGAGUGUGCAACAAUCAAUUAACCGUAAACAAAGCUGGAAAGGCUCUAAAGAAUCUUUAGUUCCUCAGAGACAUGGCCCACCUCUGGGAGAAAGUGUGGUCUACCGUUCUGAAAGUCCCAACUCACAGACAGAUGUAGGAAGACCUUUAUCUGGAUCUGGUAUAACAGCAUUUGCUCAAGCUCACCCUAGCAAUGGACAGAGAGUGAACCCCCCACCACCACCUCAAAUAAGGAGUGUUACUCCUCCACCACCUCCAAGAGGCCAGACUCCCCCUCCACGAGGUACAACUCCACCUCCCCCAUCUUGGGAACCAAACUCUCAAACAAAGAGGUAUUCUGGGAACAUGGAAUAUGUAAUCUCCCGAAUCUCUCCUGUUCCACCUGGGGCAUGGCAGGAGGGCUAUCCACCACCACCUCUUAACACUUCCCCCAUGAAUCCUCCUAACCAGGGACAGAGAGGUAUUGGUUCUGUUCCUGUGGGCAGACAACCAAUCAUCAUGCAGAGUUCUAACAAAUUUAACUUUCCACCAGGGAGACCUGGAAUUCAGAAUGGUGGUGGUCAGACUGACUUUAUGAUGCACCAAAAUGUUGUCCCUGCUGGCACUGUGAAUCGGCAGCCACCCCCACCCUAUCCUCUGACCCCAGCUAAUGGACAAAGCCCUUCUGCUUUACAAACAGGGGGGUCUGCUGCUCCUUCGUCAUACCCAAACGGAAAUAUUCCUCAGUCUAUGAUAGUGCCAAACAGAAACAGUCAUAACCUGGAACUUUAUAACAUUAAUAUACCUGGACUGCAGACAAAUUGGCCUCAGUCAUCUUCUGCUCCUGCCCAGUCAUCCCCAAGCAGCGGGCAUGAGAUUCCUACAUGGCAGCCUAACAUACCAGUGAGGUCAAAUUCGUUUAAUAACCCCUUAGGAAAUAGAACAAGUCACUCUGCUAAUUCUCAGCCUUCAGCUACAACAGUCACUGCGAUCACACCAGCUCCCAUUCAACAGCCUGUGAAAAGUAUGCGUGUAUUAAAACCAGAGCUACAGACUGCGUUAGCACCUACCCACCCUUCUUGGAUACCACAACCAAUUCAGACUGUUCAACCCAGCCCUUUUUCUGAGGGUACUACUUCCAAUAUGGCUGUUAUGCCACCUGUUGCUGAAGCUCCAAACUAUCAAGGUCCACCACCACCUUAUCCAAAACAUCUGCUACACCAAAACCCAUCUGUUCCUCCAUAUGAACCUGUAAAUAAAUCUAGUAAAGAGGAUCAGCCUAGCUUAUCCAAUGAAGAUGAGGGUGAGAAAAAUUUUGAAAAUGUUGAUAGUGGGGAUAAAGAAAAGAAGCAGAUUACAACUUCACCUAUCACUGUUAGGAAAAACAAGAAAGAUGAAGAGCGAAGAGAAUCUCGUAUUCAGAGUUAUUCUCCUCAGGCAUUUAAAUUCUUUAUGGAGCAGCAUGUAGAAAAUGUCCUCAAAUCUCAUCAGCAACGUCUGCAUCGUAAAAAACAAUUAGAGAACGAAAUGAUGCGGGUUGGAUUAUCUCAAGAUGCCCAGGAUCAAAUGAGAAAGAUGCUUUGCCAAAAAGAGUCUAACUACAUUCGUCUUAAAAGGGCUAAAAUGGACAAGUCUAUGUUUGUGAAGAUAAAGACCCUAGGAAUAGGAGCAUUUGGUGAAGUGUGUCUAGCAAGAAAAGUAGAUACUAAGGCUUUGUAUGCAACAAAAACUCUUCGAAAGAAAGAUGUUCUACUUCGAAAUCAAGUCGCACAUGUUAAAGCUGAGAGAGAUAUACUGGCUGAAGCUGACAAUGAAUGGGUAGUUCGCUUAUAUUAUUCAUUCCAAGAUAAGGACAAUUUAUACUUUGUGAUGGAUUACAUUCCCGGGGGUGAUAUGAUGAGCCUCUUAAUUAGAAUGGGCAUCUUUCCAGAAAAUCUGGCACGGUUCUACAUAGCAGAACUUACUUGUGCAGUCGAAAGUGUUCAUAAAAUGGGUUUUAUUCAUAGGGAUAUUAAGCCUGAUAACAUUUUGAUUGAUCGUGAUGGUCAUAUUAAAUUGACUGACUUCGGCCUUUGCACUGGCUUCAGAUGGACACAUGAUUCCAAGUACUAUCAAAGUGGAGACCAUCCUCGGCAAGAUAGCAUGGACUUUAGUAAUGAAUGGGGUGAUCCCUCAAAUUGUCGAUGUGGAGAUAGAUUAAAGCCAUUAGAGCGGAGAGCUGCACGCCAGCACCAGCGAUGUCUAGCACAUUCUUUGGUUGGGACUCCCAAUUAUAUUGCACCUGAAGUAUUGCUGCGAACAGGAUAUACACAGUUAUGUGAUUGGUGGAGUGUUGGUGUUAUUCUUUUUGAAAUGUUGGUGGGACAGCCUCCUUUCUUGGCACAGACACCAUUAGAAACACAAAUGAAGGUUAUCAAUUGGCAGACAUCUCUUCACAUUCCUCCACAAGCUAAACUGAGUCCAGAAGCCUCUGAUCUGAUCAUUAAACUUUGCCGAGGACCAGAAGAUCGCUUAGGGAAGAAUGGUGCUGAUGAAAUAAAAGCUCAUCCAUUUUUUAAAACAAUUGAUUUUUCCAGUGAUCUGAGACAGCAGUCUGCUUCAUACAUUCCUAAAAUCACACACCCAACAGAUACAUCAAAUUUUGAUCCUGUUGAUCCUGAUAAGUUAUGGAGUGAUGAUAAUGAGGAAGAAAAUGUAAAUGAUACUCUCAACGGAUGGUACAAAAAUGGAAAGCACCCUGAACAUGCUUUCUAUGAGUUUACCUUUCGAAGGUUUUUUGAUGACAAUGGCUACCCAUACAAUUAUCCAAAGCCUAUUGAAUAUGACUACAUUAAUUCACAAAGCUCAGAGCAACAGUCGGAUGAAGAUGAUCAGCAAACAGGCUCAGAGAUUAAAAAUCGUGAUCUAGUGUAUGUUUAACGCACUAGGAAAUACUUGUAAUGAGGAUUGGAAAAAGGCCUGAGAUGCAGGAUUUUUUGAAGUUCCAAGAGUAAAAUUAUGCAAAUGUAGCAGAGCUAUGUAUGUGAGCUCUGUGUACAAUAUUUUAUUUUCCUAAAUUCUUUUAAAAUGUUAAUUUAUUCCAGCCUUUUAAAUCAGUAAUGUAGAAAAAAUUGUUAUAAGGAAAUUAAAUUAUGAAUUGAAUAUUAUAGUCAGUUCUUGGUACUUAAAGUACUUAAAAUAAAAAAAUAGUGCUUUGUUGAAAAGGAGAAACCUGGUAUCUAUUUGUAUAUAUGCUAAAUAAGUUUAAAAUUCCAGAGUUUUUGAAAAUUUUUUGAAAACAGUUUUAGUUUUAUCUUGCUUUAACCAAAUAUAAAACAUACCCUUAUUUACAGAGUUCUUUUCCCUCAUAACCUUGUUUUGGGUACAAAAUAAGCUAGAGAAAUUAAGCCAUCACUGUGGAGAGUUUUCCCAGGCUAAUGAUAAUCUAUAUAAGUAAUGUGCUGAAACAGGAAAUACAAAUUGGAAACAUAUGUUCAUCAGAAGGAAAAAUAAUGAAAGUGUCUUUUUUCCUCCCUCUGUGGAAUAUUUCAUUUAGCAUUUUUUUUCUCAGUAAUUACUGGCUUUAAAAAGAAGCCAAAGCACUACAAGUUUUCUUCCAUAUUGGUAUUAUUGCUGCUUCCAAGUUUUAAAAGGGAACAAAAUUGCCAUAAAUCAAAUCUUUCAAAUACUAAAAGAUAAGAUCUUUCAUAUUUUUACUUUAAAAUUUUAAAGUUCCACCACCUUAGCCAGAGAAAUUACUUUCAGUUUAUAUAAAACUUUGAUUAGAAUUUAUUUGUGCAUACUCACUAAAAAAAGUACUUUUUCUAGGGGUUAAGGAAUGUAGGUCAGUGGUAGACUGCCAGGCUCUGGCUUCAAUCCCAGCACUGAGGGGGGGAAAGUACUUUUUCUGUACAAUGACUAGUUUUUAUUAUGUCAUCAAUGUUGUAGGUUUCUUCUUUCAGAACAGUGUUGCAUAUACAGAUUGUUUUUGGCAAAGGAAAAUGUGGCUGUUUGACAAUAUUUUAUCUAAGAGCAGAUUAACUGGUGAGAAAAAUAAUUCUUAACUCUUAAUUGUGAUGGCCAUUAGUAACCAGGAAAAUUUACAUAGUGGUCUUAGUAGAAAAUUCAAGUCCUAACUUAUUUAAGGUUAAUAAUGUUUUUCAAUAUUUCUAUUUAUAUAAGAAAUAUAAAUAUAAAGGUGGUUUCAUACCAAAAUACAUAUAGGUGAUCUUUUAGGAAGGGAAAUUGGACUCCAUCCUAACAUUAGUAAAAUUCAUAUUUUAUUGCCUUUGCUUAAGCUUCAUUGAUAUGCAAUUAUUUUAUCAAAACUUAAUGUCUGUAGGUAAAAGGCAAAAUUUUAGUGAUUUACAGACUUCCAGCUUUCUUCAUGUGAAAGCUGAUGGAGACCAUAUGUGUAGUAACAUUAAAGGGAAAGCUGUCUUGGUUGAAUUGAGGGGAGGGGAAAACAUUAGUUCACACUUCCCACCUUUCUAUAAGUGGCCCUCUCAGAGCUCAGCUUGAAAACCACUGCCAUGUAUUAAUGGAUCUUUGGGGUCACUGAUUCUUUUGAGAAUCUGAUGAAAGCCAAGCACUCUCGUCUCAGAAAAAAGUGCACAGCAACACAUAUGCAAAAAAUAUUGCAUGCAGUUUUAGGACAUUCAGGGCAUGUUGAAACCUGUUACAAAGUACAGGUAAGGACCUCUGUCCUGUAAGAAAAUUGCCAUGUUAAACUAAGAAUUUCACUUUUAAUUUACUGAUCAAUACUGAGAUUAGAACAUCUUGAGGAAAUACUGGUAAUUUGUGAUGGUAAAGAUCUGUAGCAUGUGGUGACACUAUGAAUACCUCUCUUGCUGGAAGAAUGCUAAGAUGUUUUAGACACACCAUUUUGAGGGCACUAAAAUGUUUGGCUCAUUUCAAGCUUGAUAGAGAAAUAUUUCUAAAGGAUUUCAGUUCAGAGAAUUUUAAGAAUGCACUUCCAUAAGAUGGCAGUCUUCACUUCAUGGAACAUUGUUUAGUUUUAUAAAAUCCUAUGCAAAACAAACUAAUUCAAGCAUUUUUAGUUUGGUACUCACAUUGUUCUUUUGAGCUUUUUCAUUCAGAUUUACUUACAUUUUCAUUUAGUUGUUUUACUUCUGGACUGUGGUGCAAUACAGUAGAAAACCAACUUUGUUACAUUUACAUUAUAGGAAAACUUAUGGUGCUGUCUCCCCCCCACCUCCCCACAAUCUGUACUGCCCCUUUUCCUCAACUCUAAGACACUACAGACUCUAUUCUUUCAAAAUUUCCUCUGACAGUAUAAGCUUUUUGUGCUUGUCUGAAGUAAUAUACAAGCCAUUGGUAAAUGCUGUUUUAAUAAUUUGGAUAUACUUAAUUAGCCAUCUUAUACCCUAACCACAUCCAGUUCUUCCAGUAUAAAAUCUGGUGCUUCUCACCAAAAAGAUGAGAACAACAACAUUGAAAAUCUGGAUGCUCUCAAUAGAAAUUGGAGUGAAAACAUUGGUUCUACAUGUUUUCCUUUUAAAAUAAUUUUCUCAUUGAAAAACUUGCUAACUUUCUUAUAGUUACCCUUUUUAUGCAUAUCACAUAGUAUUUAUAAAGUGUGUUCUAUAAUAUGUAAUUGUAGAUACUGUUAUGUAUUAUCCAGUGACAUCUUAAGGCAGGCCCUAUUGCUGUAUCUUUUUUACUUUCUUAUUUGUAAUAGAACUAUAGAAUGUAUGACUAAGAAGUCACUUUGAGAUUGACUUUUUUAAAAAGUUAUUACCUUCUGCUGUUGCAAAGUGCAAAACUGUGAGUGGAAAUGUUUUAUUCUGACUUAAUAAUAUGUUAGAAAUUAGAGAAUACAGUGGGAGGAUUUUUAGAUAUUGCUGCUGCUGUUACCCAAGGUACUUUAGAAAUUUUUCUUUAAAAAAAAAAAUUCCUUUGGUAUUUAAAGUGAAACACUUACCCUGUUUUGUUUUAAUCUAAAUCAAAAAGUAAUUUGGGUCAACAUUAGUAUAUUGUAAUGUGCCUUAAUAUAUCCCUUUGUGAAAGGCACUACACGGUUUACUUUUAUAUUGUAUUGUGUAUAUAAGUAUUUUGUAUUAAAACGGGAUCAAUGGCAACAAUACAGUUUUAUAAAACAAUGCUUUGUUAGAAAAAGGAAUUACAGCUUUGCAAUAUAAUUUGUUUUGCAUACUUCUGAAUGUAUUAGAAUGAAUAAUCAGCCUGUUUUUAAUGAAUCUAUUUGUAUUUCCCCAGUCAUUUCCUCUAGUGUAAUGUUUGCUGGGAUAAUAAAAGAAAGCAAAAUCAAAUCAUUCAUUUAUAUGUGGAAAAAUAAC